AAGCUAAGGCAGCGCCUCCCUGCGCAAGUGAGGGUACCCUCCUCCAUCCUCAUUGCUUGCACAAUCUGCGCAACCUAACAUCUUGCCAUUCACGGGGUGGGCGAAUAACGAAAUAAUGCCGCUCGUCAUGGUCACUGGCUAUCCGACCUCGGGCAAGUCGACGCGGGCAAGGCAACUGCACGCCGACUUUUCGGAGCGGGUCCAGACGCCGGCUGGUUCCAAGUACCGCGUCCAUAUGAUCUCGGACCAGACGCUCGGCAUCUCCCGCGCCGUCUAUGACUUGUCGCCCGACAAGCUCCCGGCGCACACCCGCUCGGCCAACGCCUCGGAGAAGGAUGCCCGGGCCGCCAUAUCGGCCGCCGUGAAGCGGGCGCUGUCGCCCCGGGACAUCGUCAUCCUGGACGGCCUGAACUAUAUCAAGGGGUGGCGCUACCAGCUCUACUGCGAGGCCAAGAACCUGAGCACGCCCAGCGCUGUGCUGCAGAUCGGGUGCGGCGUCGACGUGGCCAGGGGCGUCAACCAGGCGCGGCUGCGUUCCCUCGACGAGGGCCAGGGCGCCGCCGCCGGCGACGACGAGUCAGAGGGCCCCUACGAGCCGGGCAACUGGGAGAACCUGGUCUACCGCUACGAGGAGCCCAACGCCAUGAGCCGCUGGGACAGUCCCCUGUUCGCCCUGGUCUGGGAUGAUGACGAGGCGCGCGCAAGGGAGGUGUUCGGCCAGCUGUGGGACAGCAUAGCCGGGGAGGGGAGGAAGCAGGUGGUGCCGAACAACGUGGCCAUACAGAGGGGGGCCACCGCCGGGGGCGACUACCUCUACCAGCUAGACCGCGAGACCCAGGACAUCGUCAAGAGGAUAUUGGAGCUGCAGCCGGAACAGGGCGGCGGGGUCCUCAAGUUUCCACGCGCUGCAGCCGCCGCCGGCGGGGCCGAGGAUGAUCUUGUGCUCGAGCUCCCCGCCACCAAGGUCAUGCUGCCGCAGCUCCAGAGGCUGCGACGAGCCUUCCUCGCCCUGAACAGGGGUGGCAUAGGUCUUGAGGGUGCCGGCAACAUGACGGUUGCCAGAAUCCGCGAGAGUUUUGUCAGGUACCUCGGCGCCUCGUUUCGGGAUGAGGAAUAGUCGAUAGAUACAAAAAAGAAAUGGCACCCACACUCUCUAUAGAUUGCUCUAACUAUACCGAGAAUUGUGCGUUUGUAUAUAGGCAUAUACUACGCUAUUGAAGUAAAAUACUAAGCGAGAUCAGUCUAUCGUUUCGAGGAAGAAUAAGUACGAUACACGAGAUAGGGGAGCGUGAGGGUCAAAAAAGG